GCGCCUCUGAAGUGGAGGAAGUGCACAGUAGGGCUGCUGCUGUUUUCAUGGCUGUGUGUGUUCAUCUCUCCGGAUAACGAACAUUACAUAAUCGCAGGCAUCAGCGCAGCGGAGCGCCAGGACUUUCACGCCGCCCGGCGAGCACUGUGGUUAGCCGGCUACGUCUGGAGCUGAAGGGGAGCGGAGCGGCGCGGGUUAAGGUGGGCCUUGCCCGGAUAUCUGUCUGACAGGCAAAGCAAAGUCGUUCGCGCCUCCUGCCAAAUCACUACAAGCUACAAGAUAACAAACAAAACACCUCCGCACGUCCGCGUUUGAUCCCCGAAGAGCGCGCAGAAGCCACCUGGACUGAAACAGCCUACACAAAUGGCAGAUAACCUGAGUGAAGCCCUGAAGACGCUGAAGCUCUCUUCAGCAGACAGCACCUCAGACAGUGUGGAGAGCUGCCUGGACUGCCUGCUCAAAGCCCUGGCCCACAACAAUGUGGAAGCCAGUGAAAAGAUCCAGGAGAUGGGUGUUCUUCCCAUGAUGCCUUCUUUACUGGCCACACAGAAUUCCUGUACACCCAAAGUAGCCAACAUUAUAGCAGAGCUAGCCAAAAACGAGUUCAUGCGAAGUCCCUGUGUGGAGGCAGGGCUCAUACCCCCCUUGGUUCAGCUGCUGAACUGCAAAGACCAGGAGGUACUGCUUCAGACGGGUCGAGCCUUGGGCAACAUCUGCUACGACAGCCAUGAGGGCAGAAGUGCAGUUGACGAAGCGGGCGGUGCUCAGAUAGUAGCAGAGCACAUUAAGGCUCUGGUCCAUAACACUGACCCGGCCACCGGGAAGCUCUUGACUGUCUUUUGUGGCAUGCUGAUGAACUAUAGCAAUGAUAAUGACACAUUGCAGGCCCAGCUCAUUAGCAUGGGUGUGAUCCCUACUCUGGUGAAGCUUCUGGGAGUCCAUGCGCAGAACACAGCGUUAACAGAAAUGUGCCUCAUCGCCUUCGGGAACCUUGCCGAACUGGAAUCAAGUAAGGAACAGUUUGCAUCUACGAAUAUCGCUGAGGAGCUGGUGAGGCUGUUCCGGAAGCAGGUGGAGCAUGAAAAGAAGGAGAUGAUCUUUGAGGUGCUGGCUCCGCUGGCUGAGAAUGAUGCGAUAAAGCUGCAGCUGGUGGAGGCGGGGCUGGUGGAGUGUCUGUUGGACGUGGUUGGCCAGACAGUGGACAGUGACAGAGAGGAGGAUGUGGCUCAGCUCAAAACAGCCUCUGACCUCAUGGUGCUGUUGCUGCUAGGAGAUGAAUCAAUGCAGAAGCUGUUCGAGGGAGGUAAAGGAAGUGUGUUCCAGAGGGUCCUCUCUUGGGUCCCAUCUAACAACCACCAGUUGCAGCUUGCUGGGGCACUGGCUAUUGCUAACUUUGCCCGCAAUGAUGGAAACUGCAUCCACAUGGUAGACACCGGUAUUGUGCAAAUGCUGCUGGAGCUGCUGGACAGACAUGUAGAAGAAGGAAAUGUUACAGUGCAGCAUGCGGCACUCAGUGCCCUAAGAAACCUGGCCAUCCCAGUGGUGAACAAAUCUAAGAUGCUCUCAGCCGGCGUGGCGGACGUGGUGCUGAAGUUCCUCCAGUCAGAAAUGCCACCAGUCCAAUUCAAACUGCUGGGAACAUUACGGAUGCUCAUCGACACACAAGCGGACGCUGCGGAUCAGUUGGGGACGAAUUGCAAGCUGGUGGAGAGGCUGGUGGAGUGGUGUGAGGCUAAAGACCACGCAGGAGUGAUGGGAGAAUCCAAUCGCCUGCUUUCAGCGCUCAUCCGCCACAGCAAGUCAAAGGAGGUGGUCGGAACCGUUAUUCAGUGUGGGGGUGUGAAGCACCUGGUGACCAUGGCAACAAGCGAGCACAUGAUCAUGCAGAAUGAAGCUCUGGUGGCCUUGGGACUCAUCGCAGCACUAGACUUAGAUUCAGCAGAAAAGGAUUUUGUGGGAGCCACUCUGGUGCAAGUUCUGCACAAGCUGCUGACGGAGGAGAAGAGCGCUCCUGAGAUCAAAUACAACUCUAUGAUCCUCAUCUGCUCUGUCAUGGGUUCAGAACCACUACAUAAAGAAGUACAGAGUCUGGCGUUUAUUGAUGUUGUCUCCAAACUACGCUCCCAUGAGAACAAAACGGUGGCACACCAGGCCUCACUCACAGAACAGAGGCUAACAGCACAGAGCUAAAAGACUCUUUUACACACAUACAUGCAUAAACACAGAUAUACACACACACACCUCAUCCACUCUCUGCCUGCCAACCCUUCCUAUACACACCCUUAACCUCCCCUGACCCCCACUGUCUCCCUCUGUCAUGUGCCAAGGUUAUCCAGUCCUACUCGACCUCCCUAAUCUAAAGCCACCUCUCCUCACUCUGCGCUCUUAAAAGUAAAGGUGCCAAAAAACUGUUCUCUGGAGAGAUGCUAUUGAAGGACCACUCUUUGUUCUGAAAAGAACCUUUCAAUAGAAGAAGAACCAAGAAGAAUCACAUUUUUGUAAAUGAGAUGUGUGUGAAGAACCUAAUGAAGUUCUUAUAACCUAUAACAUCCACAUAAUGUAAAGCUUCUAUACCAAUUAUAGGUUUUGGCCUACAAAUGUACGGCCAAGCCAAGAGCCAUUCAGGAACCUUUAUUUUUAAGAGUGUCAGCGCAUGCGUUCAUGACUCAGAAAUGUCUGACAUCAUAGACAGCCUUCUGCAAUAGGUUUCUGCAAGAUACCAGAGAGCGCAACACUUUUUAAAAGACCAUAGCUGUGAUACACGAAGCAUCCGUGUCAUCAAGAAAGACGAAAAUGCAAAAAAAGUAAAAAAAUAAAAAUAAAAAAAAACCCACAAGCUAAAAAAAAUACAGAAAAAAAGAACUAGACAAUAACCACAUGAGGGCUGGAGGAGGAAUGAGUGCAGCCAUACAUUCUUGCUGUGUACAAAAACCCCACGUGUUCCAUGUAGCUUGAGUACCAGCCGAUUUUGAAACCUGCAUGUUUUUUAAAUAGUCUGAUUUAAUGGUGUACUCGUGUUCAGCUAGCCAGACUUUGCUCUUAACGAUACACCGCCCCCUGCCUUUCCCCCACCUUUCCUCCCCAAACCUGCCUUCGACAUGUAUGAGUAGAGAUCAAAAUGUGUUUGUACUGUAUAGGGGUCUGGACCAGAGUGGACUCUUCACGUUUGACCUCUUGGUCCUAGUGCUGCCCAUGUUCAUAUCUGUGGAAGUCAAUUUAUUGGAAAGAGCUAAUUCCAUAUCACUAGUCUGUUGCAUUUUGAACUAGAAUAUUAUUGUCAAAUGGACAUUUGAACAAAUAAUCAUGUCUUGGUACCGAUGAAUGAGUCGUUCUACUUGCCGAUUUUAAUGUCACCACAUUGUCUGGGCAGAAAACCUUAAUCAUGAUCGUGUGUGUAAGUUGACUGACUGUUUUCUAUGAAGGAAGGACCUGUUUGAGCAUUUGAGAUGGCACAGAAUCAAUAAUCAAUUACCUGGUGCCACAUUAUUAGGAUGGUCCCCUAUAGAUAAUCUACAAAUACUCAAAUUAUUAACAUUCUGGUGAAAUUGUUGAUUAUCAACAGUGAGUGUGGGAAUAGGAUUAUAACCAGCCUUGAGAUUCAGAUUAGGUUUUGAUGUUAACGUUACUAUUAGCAUUAGAGUGAGAGAUUUAUUUACAGAUAGGGAAACGUUAGAUUGAUAUUAAAAAUAUCAUUUAAAUAAAAUUAAAUCAAUUAAAAUAAUUAUAAAGUUACUUAGAAUGGUCUGAUGUAAAAUGGUGAAUUGUAGAGAAACUUACUGAGUGAUUUCUUUUUUUUUUUUUUUUUAAUUACAAUGAUGGUGAUGGGAACCAGGGCUCACAAAGUCUUCAACACACAUCCAGCAAUUUUAUUUACAUCCAAAACCACUAGUGCACCUACAUGUGAUUUGCUGUAAGUAGUGAUAAAUGUGAAAAAAUAGUAAUUUUUCUCUAUUUUUAUCAUUUUGCUUAUCUCUCUUCAUGAAUUGUUUUAAAGCUAAAGCUUUAUCCUAACCCUGUCAUCUACCAACGUCUCAGACAUCAGAGAGCAUAUUCUUAACUACUUCAUGUAAUAACUUUGUGAGGUAGAUUUUGGAGGCAUGAAACGUCUGGUUUCUAUCACCACCACUGAGAAACCACAUCAAACCUCUCUGGAUGACUUUCUUUACAUCUUUCCAUUUAAUGCAAGUUAAAAGCAUUUGCAGGGCAUCUACAGUGGACCAUCGAAAUAAAGCUUUAGCAGUAACUUUAUACUGUGCAGUCGGUUGAAAUGGAGUGCAUUGCCACUUCUCUCUACAACUUGACUGCCAAUACAGGUGUGUUAACAAAACAGUUCAGUGUAAUGGGAUAUGAAUUUGUAGGUCAAUUGUGGGUCCAAAGACAGUAAUAACGCAUCAUGUCAGGUGUCAUGAAAGGGCUUUAACAAGAUGGGAUGUGUGUUUGUGUUGUGUUUGAAGGGGGCUGAAAGCCGACAACUCCACUAACCAUUGAGAAAACACACAACCUGUUCUGACUGUCUUAGAAAAUGUGCUGUUGUGUGCUCUUUAUCAGAUGUGUGCAUUUGAUACUGUGGUACAUUUUUAUUUCCUCAGACGGAUCUUAGCAUGUGUACGGGUUUGUCCACAGAGUAUCGCAGAACAUGCACCUCCCCUACAUGUUUGGGAUAUUGUAACCACCCCGGUGUGGCCAUUUUAUGUUUUGGUAAACGAUUCUUAUUUAUCAGAUUUGUACCAAUAAGGAACCACACAGCAGUCCAACAUAUCCAUAAUAACUGCAUUACAAAUAUAAACUCAACUAGUUGUUGUAAAUGUAAUUGAUGAAUUGUACAUUUGGAAGAUUGAGACUCUGAUUAUUAAAGACAAUUGCUGGCGAUGAA